CACAGCCAGGCACAAGCUUUGUAUUUUCAUCCUGAUUUUAUUUUGGAUUAUUUGCAACGUUAGCUGUCGCUAGCAUUGCUGCUAAACAUGCCGAUUAGCAGUCUAUCGCAUAUGUUGUUUUCCUAGCUUCAUAUUCGCUGUUCAUUUGAGGGAUUUUCAGAGUAAAAGCAUGUUGAGCUCUGAGUCUCUGCAGGUCGCUGAGGAGGAGGUGGUGCUGGAGUCCAGCUCCAACAAACUAGGAGAUAUUUACACUUUUGUGGCCAAAGGAUGCUUUCCUCACACCAUGCAUCCUCUCAGGAAGAAGAAUCUCAAAAGAUACGCACAGAAAUUCAUCAUUGAUGAGGGGAGGCUGUACUACGUCGGGCCGAAGAAAGAGGAGAAGAGGGAGGUGGUGAUCGAGGCAGAGAGGAAGAGGCAGAUUUUCCUUGACUGCCACUUCAACGACAUCGGUCAACACCUGGGCCAGAAGAAGACCGUGCACCGAAUCCAGAGCAAGUACUACUGGCUGGGCAUCAUCAAGGACGUGGUGGACUGGAUCAAAGUGUGUGACACCUGUCAGCAGACGGAGAGGAGUAAAAGCCUGGCCCGGACGGUCCGGCCCAUUAAAGUGGACGCGCCUUGGGAAAUCGUUGGGAUUGACAUCAUAGGACCUUUCCCAGAGACGCAGCAGGGAAACUCUAACGUCACAGUGCUCAUCGAUUACUUCAGUAAAUGGCCCGAGGCGUUCCCGGUUCAGAGGACGGACGCUCUCUCUGUCGCAAAAUGUAUUUCCAAAUGCAUUUACAGGUUUGGGGCCCCGAAGACAAUAGUGUGCACGCAGAACGCUGACUUCUGUGACGAGGUGAGCAGGCGUCUGAGCGACAGGUGGAGCAUCGUGCAGUCGGUGUCUCCUCUGGAUCAGCCUCAGCUCAACCCUCUCCACGACGGCAGCUUCCCCCUGCUGAAGGAGGCCGUGGUGCAGAUGGUGGCGGAGAAGCAGAGCCAAUGGGACGACUUCCUGGACCCGGUGCUGUUUCUGUUCAGGACGUCCACCAACCCCACCACCAAGUUCAGCCCGUACUCCCUCAUGUUCAGCAGGAAGGCUAAUGUACCCAACCAGACGACGUUGAGCCUGCUGAGUUACGACGAGCAGGAGCAGGAUGAGUUUUCUACAACGGAAAAGGCCUCCCCGUUUCUGGGCGCGAUGCAGGAGCAGCAGAACUCUGUGAAGCAGCUGGUGUUAGCCAAUAUGAACGCUGCCUACAAACAGGAGAAGAAGAAGAACACCAAGCGCCGGACGCACAGCAUGCCCUCCAUGACCUUCAAACUCGCCGACCCUCUGUACGGCGCCGGAGACUCGCCAUCGCCGAAAAAACUGAAGGACAGUUUGUAUUUAUCCUUCCCUGUGGAGCAGAGCAGCUCAGAGGACAUGAAGACGGAGACGUUAGCUUUUCACUUAGCGUAGCACAACAUGUCCCGAUGUUGGUGAAAUGAGGAUUACUGACACACACACACACACACUUGAAACAGAAUCAAUGGACCACAAAGGAAAACACCCACCGACAGGAAUGAGCUGGCUUUCGCUACAAAAAGGAAAUCCGCUGAAGACCAUGUUAACUUAUUUUUGUUCUCUGUGUUAUACAAUAGAUUUUUAAGCCACAUUACUUUUAAAUAAAGGCGUUGUUUCAUUGUGA